UGUUGGAGCAGGAACUGCAGCAAAGGCAGAAGGUAGGAGAAGUUGAUUCACAGAAGGGUACAGACUGCCCUAGCUCGGAAGCCGUGGGUAGGACCACGGGGAGGGGGUGCUAGAAGAAAGAUCUCUUGGUGCCAGCAUGCCCUGUGGUCACCUGUGGGGGGUAAGCAGUGCUUCUUAUCAGGGAGCAGUUUUGCCCCCAGGAGACGUUCCUGUUUGUCAUUACUUGGGAUGAGGGUCUGGGAUGCCACAGGCAUCUAGUGGUUAGAGGUCAAAUGCUGCUAAAUGCCCUACAGUACACAGGACAGGCCUUCUCCAAUUGUCAGUAAUGCCAAGUGGAGAAACCCUGGUCUAGAGGAAGGAGUAUGAGCCUUGGGAUCUGUUGGACCCACUGCCUAGCUGUGUUAGCAGAAUUCUGACUGUGGGAGGUGCAGGGAGAAGGAGAGGAUCAUAUAGGAAACUAAUGCAUCGGGUGGGGGAGAAAGGGAAUGGUGGCUGGAUGGUAGUGGUGGAGGUCAGGAAAUGUGGCCAUAUUUGGGAUAUUUUUUAAGACAGGUCUGACAGUACCUGUUGAUUGAAUAUGGGCUGAGGGGAAGAGAGGAAUCAAGGAUGAGAACAAGGUUUCUGGCCUGAGCAGCUAGCAACUAGUGACUGGUGGUGCCACCUCAGGGUGGGAAGAGGAGCAGGUUUUGACGGAGGGUGGAGGACUCCUGGAGAACAGAAGUCCAUUCUGGACAGGCUGGGUGUGAGGCGCCUGGUGUUAGACAUCCAAGCGAAGAGGACAAGGAGGCAGACGGGUAUCCUGCGUUAGCCGGGGAGCCUCAGACCUGGGACCGUGAGCCCUGCACCCGGUAACCAUGGAGAGGAUUGGCUCGGUCCACCAGCCCCUUAGGUGAGGACUCCGCCCAGGCUCCGAUAACCGUCCUGAUCAUGGAGUGAAGAGAACUCCUCUAACCAGGCCACGUUCUUGUUAAAAGUCGUGGCGCAGGCCCAGCGGCUCUUCCUGCUCGUCUUCAGGAGAGGUGCCUGCCCCCGCCGACCCCAGCUGGGAGCAGCUGCUUCCCCAGAUGGGGAGGUGGGCCCUCGACGUGGCCUUUGUGUGGAGGGCAGUGUUGACCCUGGGGCUGGUCCUUCUCUACUACUGCUUCUCCAUCGGCAUCACCUUCUACAACAAAUGGCUGACAAAGAGCUUCCACUUCCCCCUCUUCAUGACGAUGCUGCACCUGGCCGUGAUCUUCCUGUUCUCCGCCCUGUCCAGGGCGCUGGUCCAGUGCUCCAGCCACAGGGCCCGCGUGGUGCUGAGCUGGACCGACUACCUCAGAAGAGUAGCUCCGACAGCGCUGGCUACGGCACUUGACGUGGGCUUGUCCAACUGGAGCUUCCUCUAUAUCACCGUCUCACUGUACACAAUGACCAAAUCCUCAGCCGUCCUCUUCAUCUUGAUCUUCUCUCUGAUCUUCAAGCUGGAGGAGCUGGUGAGGCCCCAGCAUCCCCUGAGUCCCUCCUCCCCCCUCAGGUGCGGGCGGCGCUGGUCCUGGUGGUCCUCCUCAUCGCCGGGGGCCUCUUCAUGUUCACCUACAAGUCCACGCAGUUCAACAUGGAGGGCUUUGCCUUGGUGCUGGGGGCCUCGUUCAUCGGUGGCAUUCGCUGGACCCUCACGCAGAUUCUCCUGCAGAAGGCGGAUCUUGGGCUCCAGAACCCCAUCGACACCAUGUUCCACCUGCAGCCACUCAUGUUUCUCGGGCUCUUCCCUCUCUUUGCCAUAUUUGAAGGUCUCCAUUUGUCCACAUCUGAGAAAAUCUUCCGUUUCCAGGACACAGGGCUGCUCCUGCGGGUACUCGGGAGCCUCUUCCUUGGCGGGAUUCUUGCCUUUGGUUUGGGUUUCUCCGAGUUCCUCCUGGUUUCCAGAACCUCCAGCCUUACUCUCUCCAUUGCCGGCAUUUUUAAGGUGAUGGCGACCCUAAACCCUCCAAGGGGCUGGGCUCCAACCCCGACCUGGAGCUGCUGCUCCGGAGCAGCCAGCCAGAGGAAGGG